AUGGCCACACUAGCAGAAAGCUUCUUGGCAGACUUAGAGGACUUGUCCGAUGACGAGCCCGCGGCAGCUGAGGGUGGCGAAGGCGAGGCCAUGGAGGAGGACGCUGGCGAGGACGCACUGGACGACAUCGAGUCACUGAACUAUGAUGACUUGGCAGCAGUGGCGAAGCUGUCCUCCAGCGCUCAGUACGCUGAUGUCAUGGGGGUGAGGCAGUGA